AUGACCCACGGUCAGAACAUCCCUCUGGGGCCACCGAGGGAGGUGUCCAGGGUUAGAACCAUGACCCACGGUCAGAACAUCCCUCUGGGGCCACCGAGGGAGGUGUCCAGGGUUAGAACCAUGACCCACGGUCAGAACAUCCCUCUGGGGCCACCGAGGGAGGUGUCCAGGGUUAGAACCAUGACCCACGGUCAGAACAUCCCUCUGGGGCCACCGAGGGAGGUGUCCAGGGUUAGAACCAUGACCCACGGUCAGAACAUCCCUCUGGGGCCACCGAGGGAGGUGUCCAGGGUUAGAACCAUGACCCACGGUCAGAACAUCCCUCUGGGGCCACCGAGGGAGGUGUCCAGGGUUAGAACCAUGACCCACGGUCAGAACAUCCCUCUGGGGCCACCGAGGGAGGUGUCCAGGGUUAGAACCAUGACCCACGGUCAGAACAUCCCUCUGGGGCCACCGAGGGAGGUGUCCAGGGUUAGAACCAUGACCCACGGUCAGAACAUCCCUCUGGGGCCACCGAGGGAGGUGUCCAGGGUUAGAACCAUGACCCACGGUCAGAACAUCCCUCUGGGGCCACCGAGGGAGGUGUCCAGGGUUAGAACCAUGACCCACGGUCAGAACAUCCCUCUGGGGCCACCGCGGUUCACUUGA